UUAUUUUACUAGGUGAUAUUCACUUUUACUUGAGUCUUUUUCUAUGAAGGUACCUUUACUUUUACUCAAGUAUGACAAAUGGGUACUUUUUCCACCACUGGUUCUGACUGUAACGAAUCUGUAAUUGAAUUAGCCAACAUAAGUGCCUCAAUAUUCCCCAAUUAAAUUGUUGAUGAAUAAAACCCCUUAGAAACAUAGAGUUACUCCAGUGAGAUUCCCAGGACUUUUGUGACUGCCCUCGUGUGUAGUCAAGGCUCAGGGCUCAUUUUUACUACCGACUGUAAUUGUAUGCGUCUAAUACACAGAAAAGAACAACAACACAAUUUCCCAGCUGAUUUUCUACUUCGUUAGCUGUACAAACAUUGCACAGCUUUUGAAAAUUACAUUUAUUGAAGUGUGUUUGAUUCAACAGAAUAACUUUGUUAGUUGUAUAUUCCAUGUAUACUUACAGACAGUAUAUGGUGCACAAUUUACAGGCUAAAGUUAUAAACAGGAGCCAUUUUGAGCCGUGCAUCCCUAUAAGUCAUUCUGGUCCAUGAUGUGAGUUAGAUACAGCACUUAAAAUAAUUGUUUGUAAAAUGUAUGUGCAAUGUUUUCUCAGCUCAUCUCUUGCAGCUAGCAAAUACUGUACAUACACAAUGCAAACAAGAGACUUCAUGGGUUCAUAAAAAACAUCUUUCAUCUCACAGAAUGACAUAUAUUUUCAUAUAUACCUCAAACAUCAUCACACUGUAAAAACGUCCCAUCAUAUAGUCUACAGUCAGUACAUGAGGAGGGUGUGUGUUAUUUAUCACAGUGAUCAUCCAUAAAGCAUUCUAACAUGUUGCUGAACAAGACUAGAGAACAGAUGGGAGAGAGAAGUCCCAGUCUGGUACUGUAGUGAUUGUUACUGAGUCUGUUCCUCCAAGAUUAAACUCACCACAUUCCUGCUCUGCAUGUCGCUGUGUUCCACUGACAGAUACCCCACUGAGCACAUCUCUAAUCACCUGCAACAACAUUCUAGACGUUUCUGGAAGUUUCUGUCUCUCUCUGUCUGUCCCCCUAUGUACAUAACUAACUACAUAACAAUGUCAAAGUGGAUUUGUAAAGUCAAAGUUGUCCAUGUUUACAAAGUUAUAAUAAACGGUCUACUAUGAUUCUUGGCAUGAUUGUCCUUGUUUCCAGAUACCUUCAUCCUGACCUGCCCACUCGCCUGCCCUCGACCCCUCACCUCCCUGUAACCAUGACGACCAAAACAACCAAUGUCCUGGACGGGAACAAGGUCUCCUCCUCCCCUCUCCUGUUGUCCACAUCAUCCCCGUCCUACCUGUCUUGCCAGCGCCUAGUGACCAAGGACGGUCACUGCGCCCUGCGGUCCUCCCCUCCCUCCCCUGGCCUGUGGCCCUCCUGGGCAUCUGCCUCUGCCUGGCUGCUAGCCCUACAGGAUCUGUGGGGGGCAGUGGUGUGCCUGCGCUGGCGCUGGGUCCUCUUGGCCUUCUGCACCUCCUUCGUGGCCCACUGGCUGCUGUUCGCCUGCCUGUGGUACCUACUGGCCCACCUCAAUGGAGACCUGGCGGUGGAGGACCACGACGCUCCUCCAGAGGGACACGUAGUGUGUGUCAAAUACAUCACCAGCUUCACCGCAGCCUUCUCUUUCUCCCUGGAGACCCAGCUGACCAUAGGGUACGGCACCAUGUUCCCCAGUGGGGACUGUCCCAGUGCUAUAGCCCUGCUGGCAGUUCAGAUGCUGCUGGGGCUCAUGCUGGAAGCUUUCAUCACAGGUGCGUUUGUGGCUAAGAUCGCCCGUCCCCAGAAGCGUGCGGGGGCCAUUCAGUUCAGCCCCCAGGCGUUGGUAAGUCAGCACCAGGGCCAGCCCUGCCUCAUGUUCCGGGCCACCAACCUUCUGCGACGCCCCCUGGUGGACGUGGAGGUCAGUGCCGUGCUGUACGAACAGAGAGACAACCAAGUCCUGCACCAGACCAACCUGGACUUCCAGCUGGACCGGCUGGGCCCACGCCCCUGCCCCUUCUUCAUCUUCCCCCUCACCUUCUACCACGUCCUGGACCGCCACAGCCCCCUUUACCCGGCCCUGCGUGAGGGCAGCGCCAGCCCUUUUGAGCUAGUGGUGUUUCUUUCCGCCUCCCAGGAGGGCACGGGUGACGCCUGCCAGAAGAGGACGUCCUACCUGCGCCAGGAGAUCCAGUUUGAGCGGCGCUUUGUGCCCGCUGUGGGGUUGGACAAGCAAGGCAGGUACCAGGUGAGCAGUCAGCACUUUGGCAUUGCCCACUGCAAUGAGCCUCUGGACAAGGAGUGUGUGGUGCAAAUCAACGGGGAUGGGAGUGACAGGAUGGAGUAAGGGUGGGGAAGGAGGAGGGUGGAAGGGAAGGAUGGGCAGGAAGAAAUGGAGAAUGAGGUAUGGGAGAAGGGGAAGAGGGUAAUAGGUGAGAGGAGUAAGGGACAGAGAGCAACGUGGGAUGGGUGGGUUCCGGGGUUUAGAAUAUCUAUAUAUAUAGUACCAGUCAAAAGGUUGGGCACACUUACUCAUUCAAGGGUUUUUCUUUAUUUGUACUAUUUUCUAUAUUGUAGAAUAAUAGUGAAGACAUCAAAACUAUGAAAUAACACAUGGAAUCAAAAUAUAUUUUAUAUUUGAGAUUCUUCAAAGUUUCACAGUCAGCAAAGAGAAAUGACAGUGCAUCAUUACUUUAAGACAAGUCAAUUCUGAAAAUGUCAAGAACUGUGAAGGUUUCAUCAAGUGCAGUCGCAAAAACCAUCAUGCGCUAUGAUGAAACUGGCUCACAUAAGGACCGUCACAGGAAAGGAAGACCCAGAGUUACCUCUGCUGCAGAGAAUACGUUCAUUAGAGUUAACAGCCUCAGAAAUUGCAGCACAAAUAAAUGCUUCACAGAGUUCAAGUAACAGACACAUCUCCAGAUCAACUGUUGAGAGACUGCGUGAAUCAGUCCUUCAUGGUCGAAUUGCUGCAAAGAAACCACUACUAAAGGACACCAAUAAUAAGAAGAGACAUGCUUGGGCCAAGAAAUACGAUCAAUAGACAUUAGACCGGUGGAAAUCUGUCCAAAUUUCAGAUUUAUGGUUCCAACCGCCGUGUCUUUGUGAGAUGCAGGUGAACGGAUGAUCUCUGCAUGUGAGGUAUGAUGGUGUGGAGGUGCUUUGCUGGUGACAGUGUCUGAGAUUCAUUUAGAAUUCAAGGCACACUUAACUAGCAUGGCCACUGCAGCAUUCUGCAGCGAUACGCCAUCCCAUCUGGUUUGCGCUUAGUGGGACUAUCAUUUGUUUUUCAACAGGACAAUGACCCAACACACCUACAGCCUGUGUAAAGGAUAUUUGACUAAGAAGGAGAGUGAUGGAGUGGUGCAUCAGAUGACCUGCCUUCCACAAUCACCCGACCUCAACCCAAUUGAGAUGGUUUGGGAUGAGUUGGACAGCAGACUGAAGGAAAAGCAGCCAACAAAGUGCUCAGCCUGUAUGGGAACUCCUUCAAGACAGUCUGAAAAGCAUUCCAAGUGAAGCUGGUUGAGAGAAUGCCAAGAAUGUGAAAAGCUGUCAUCAAUGCAAAGGGUGGGUACUUUGAAUAAUUUAAAAUAUAAAAUAUAUUUUGAUUUGUUUAAACACCUUUUUGGUGACAACAUGAUGUUAUUUCAUAGUUUUGAGUUCUUCCCGAUUGUUCUACAAUGUAGAAAUGUGUAAGAAAUGAAGAAAAACCCUUCAAUGGGUAGGUGUGUCCAAACUUUUAAUUGGUACUGUAUAGUAACACAGGGAUAGAGAUAGGGGCGGAAAAUUGUGGGUUAGGGGCAAAAUGGGAGGGACAGGUUUCUAUGGCUCUGCUACCUGGUUAAGCAACCAUCCAUAUCAAAGGGCAUUUAUCCAGUCGAUUGAAGAUCACUAAAUUGUAGAGCAUGUUCUAGUUACCUGUGAUCUCUAGAACCAACAGGCACAUUCACUGCCAUGAAGGAUGAUAUUCCACAAUCAAUAACACCGUGCUGCUAUGGAAUACACUCUGGCUGCAUUUACACAGGCAGCCCAAAUCUGAUAUUUUGUCCAAUUAUUGGCAAAAGAGCUUAUCUGAUUGGACAAAAUCCCAACUUGUGAUAAAAUAUAUAUAUAGUUUGGACACACCUACACAUUCAAUGGUAUUUCUUUAUUUUUACCAUUUUCUACAUUGUAAAAUAAUAGUGAAAAUAUUUUAUUUUAGAUUUGAGUGUGCAAAGCUUUCAUCAAGGCAAAGGGAGGCUACUUUGAAGAAUCUCAAAUGUAAAAUGUAUUUUGAUUUGUUUAACACUUUUUUGGUUACUACAGGAUUCCAAAUGUGUUAUUUCAUAGUUUUGAUGUCUUCACUCCCUUGAAUGAGUAAGUGUGUCCAAUCUUUUGACUGGUACAGUAUAUAUAUCAGAAUUUGACUGUCUGUGUAAACGCAGCCUCUGUAGUCUAGAGGAGCCUACUUUGAAAGGUGACAACUCAAUGUCUUCAAUCAUUUUAAACUGAGGUAUAUAAUAUUGAACUGUCAGAAAUUUCAGUCAUGCAUUAGAAAAUAUCAGUUGAUUUAACUGAAAAUAUAUUAGAUUACUGCCUUAAAUGUUUAUAAAAAAGUCUUCACUGAAAUCAGUGUGCCUAUUUACACCAAAUAUUAGCCAAAGAUUAAAUGUAAUAAUUUGUUAUACAUUGAUUACACAUGUUCAAUAUGUAAAAUGCUAUGACUCUAGAUUGAGCACUUUAGUGAUAGGUUAAAGGUUUGGAGAACGAUGUCAGUAGAUCAUCUUUACGUUUUCCCUUUGAAUUUCUGUAAAGACCAAAAUCACUAUUACAUCAUGCAUGUAUGCAUGAGUCAACAGCAAACCACAAAGAUUAAAAAGAAAAUGGAAAUAAUGUUAUGGGAAGCCCUGAUUUUCAGAGAUAAAAUCUUAUUGUAACAUAAUACAUGUUCCAAUGGCUUGUACAGUGUACAUUACAUGAAAUAAAAUAAUAUUUUCUGAACAAUUCAAA